AUGCAUCCUACUCGUCGUCUCUCUGCAGAUCUUUUCCUUAAAGACCUUUUUGAUGAAGCAAUUAGUGAAACAGGUACAUGGUCAUCCACAACCAUACAUUAUCUUAUGACAAACCAAAAUCGGUUUACUGAAUCAGAUUUGAGCUACAUAGUUGACCAAGGAUUCCAAUUAGUAAUUGACCCAGAAUCAUCAAUGAGAACAAAAUUCAAAAUUGCACAGCUUUUUAGCCAACUUUAUCACAUGCAUUUCCCUCAAUUUAAUAACAAAUUUAUCCAAUACAUAGAUCCAAUAAAGGACUAUAUUUGCAUCCCACAGAGCUCCUACCUUUGGCAGCCCAUGGCAAACCUUAUGUCUUCAAUAAUUGUUAGUAUGCCGCUUAAUUCUUUGAAUACACAGCGCUAA